AGAAAAAAAGAAAUCAAAUCGGUAUAUAUAAACAUUUGUGAUCUACAGAUUUUCUAUCAUCUUUUUUUUUUCCGAUCGCAAAAUCUUGAGGAUUUAGAUUUUCUCAUCUCUUCUCUCUCGAUUUUGCGUAGGAGUCUGUGGAGUUCGCUUGCUUUUGGAGUUCUAAUCUAGGGUUUCUCGAAAUUUUCGAUCGGGUUUUGGUAUCUGGAAUUUUUUAAAUUUUUGAUUCUGUGAUUCGAAGAAUCGCCAUUUUCUUUGAUCACUAAUUUCUUUGUUUAUUGCGAUCUCUUCCGAGAUCAUAUUGAGGGGGAUUUAAGUUGCUGAGUUUCGGAUUUUGAAACUGAGGAAGGCGAUAGGGUUGUUGAGCGGUAUUGUUCUCUGAUUUGGUCGAACUUGGUCACCUUUUCACUUAUUAGUUUCUGAGAAACUCAGUCUGCGUUAUCUUUUUUCUUGCCAUUUUUGUUCGUCGAAUAAUCUGGGAAGACUCGAGUUUUUUAUUUUUCUUUGAAGAGGAUGCAACAAGGUCAGGGCAAGAAGAACAUGAAAGAGAUGGAAUUUUUCACUGAGUAUGGUGAUGCCAACCGUUAUCAGAUUCUUGAAGUCAUUGGGAAAGGAAGCUACGGAGUUGUUUGUGCAGCUAUUGAUACACAUACAGGAGAGAAAGUCGCCAUAAAGAAGAUCAAUGAUGUAUUUGAACAUGUCUCUGAUGCUCUCCGUAUCCUUCGUGAGGUCAAGCUUCUCAGGCUCCUAAGGCACCCAGAUAUAGUUGAAAUCAAAAGCAUCAUGCUGCCACCUUCGAAGAGGGAGUUCAAAGACAUUUAUGUGGUCUUUGAGCUCAUGGAAUCAGACCUACAUCAAGUCAUCAAAGCCAACGAUGACUUGACACGGGAACAUCACCAGUUUUUCCUUUAUCAGAUGCUUCGUGCCUUGAAGUAUAUGCAUACAGCUAAUGUUUACCAUCGUGAUCUUAAACCGAAGAACAUACUGGCAAAUGCAAACUGCAAGUUGAAAGUCUGCGACUUUGGACUAGCAAGAGUGUCGUUCAAUGAUACGCCUACAACAGUCUUUUGGACGGAUUAUGUUGCCACAAGGUGGUACAGAGCACCUGAGCUCUGUGGAUCAUUCUGUUCUAAGUAUACUCCAGCUAUUGAUAUUUGGAGCAUUGGCUGCAUCUUUGCGGAAGUUUUAUUAGGGAAGCCUUUGUUUCCUGGAAAAAGUGUCGUCCAUCAGUUAGAUUUGAUUACCGAUCUUCUUGGCACACCAAAAUCAGAGACCAUUGCUGGAGUUCGAAAUGAAAAAGCUAGAAGAUACUUGAGCGAAAUGAGGAAGAAAAAUCUUGUCCCCUUUUCGCAAAAGUUUCCGAACGCAGAUCCUUUAGCAUUGCGCCUUUUGCAAAGACUGUUGGCUUUUGAUCCAAAAGAUAGGCCGACUGCUGAAGAGGCGCUGGCUGAUCCUUACUUUAAGGGCCUUGCUAAGGUUGAAAGAGAACCUUCUUGUCAGCCAAUCUCGAAGAUGGAAUUUGAGUUUGAAAGACGAAGGUUGGCAAAAGAUGACAUCAGAGAGUUAAUAUACAGGGAGAUACUAGAAUACCAUCCACAGCUGCUCAAGGAUUAUAUGAACGGAUCUGAAGGCUCAAGUUUCUUAUAUCCUAGUGCCAUUGGUCACCUGAGGAAACAGUUUGCGUACCUAGAAGAAAAUAGCGGCAAAAGUGGGCCAGUCGUACCUCCAGAGAGAAAGCAUGCUUCACUACCACGGUCUUCAGUUCAUUCCAGUGUAGUUACCUCCAAUGCUCAACCUGGCUUGAAUGCAUCAGAUAGUCGACGUGGUUCUUUCGAGCCUUCAAGAAAUGGAGUAGUUCCAUCAGUUUCAGCAAAUUCAACUAAAUCUUUAGGACCUCCUCCAAGAGUACCAUCAGGUAGACCAGGCCGUGCUGUGGAAUCAUCUGUAACUUAUGAAAUGAACAAGAACCUCAAAGAUUCGUCCUAUGAUGCAAGGGCAGCUUAUUACAGAAGCACGGUACUCCCUCCACAGACCGUAUCUCCUAACUGUUUCUUCUAUCCUAACACUAUGAACCAAGAGAAGCGCGGUGGUACAGAAGCUGCUUCCCAGCCAAAGCCGCAGUUUGUCCCCACCCAAUGUUCCGCGAAGCCAGCUGAGCUGAACCCAAACCCUUAUGUACAAUCACAGCACAAGGUGGGUAUUGAUGCUAAGCUGUUCCAGGCACAAUCCCAGUAUGGUCCUGCUGGAGCCGCCGCGGUUGCAGUAGCAGCACACCGGAACGUAGGCACGGUUGGGUAUGGCAUGUCUUAGAAUUAGCAGUUUGUUGGUGUCAGGUGAUUGAUUGCCUGAAACUCCCCUCGUUAGUCCUUAUGUAAUGUAAGUAUUAUUCGACCAAGCCUGAUUUGAACACAUUGAGAUUGUAAUAGUAAAAAAUAAAUAAAAAGAGUUCAGUUUUAA